ACUGCAGCUCAAAAAAUGUAACUGCAGAAACAGGAAUGAGUAGUAAUGAUAAUUUAUCAGUAAACUCUACAAGUGGGAACAAAACCUAUGGAGGUGGAAGAUCAACCAGGGAUGUGUCACUAUCCGACAGGGCAAUGAGUGAGCAGAACAAUGUAACACAGCCCAUCCUGGUUCUUGGUCUCGAGGCAGAAUAUGUUGGUGUGACUUAUGUCGACUUAAUGUGGGCAGUGAAUGACACUGCUUCCGACUCCUACACGUACAGGAUAGAGGUUGUAAAUGGUACCUCUGUUAGGAACCUGACGUCCAAUGUCAUCAAAGCCAAAAUUACUGAGUUAAUCCCUGGCACGCUGUACAAUUUCACGGUAUUUGCGGUAGUGAAUGAUGAUGAGACAGAAGAAGGGGUGUCCAUAAGCCUGUACACAAAGCCCAGCCCAGUCCAUGAUCUCAAGGCGGAAUAUGUUGGUGUGACUUCUGUCAACUUAACAUGGGUGGUGAAUGACGCUGCUUCCAACUCCUACACGUACAGGAUAGAGGUUGUAAAUGGUACCAGUGUUAGGAACCUGACAUCCAGUGUCACCAAAGUUGAAAUUACCGAGUUAAUCCCUGGGACUUUGUACAAUUUCACGGUAUUUGCGGUAGCGAAUGAUGGUCAGAAGGAAGGAGGAGGACUGUCCGUAAAGCUGUAUACAAAGCCCAGCCCAGUUCUUGAUCUCAAGGCGGAAUAUGUUGGUGUGACUUCUGUCAACUUAACAUGGGUGGUGAAUGAUGCUGCUUCCAACUCCUACACGUACAGGAUAGAGGUUGUAAAUGGUACCAGUGUUAGGAACCUGAUGUCCAGUUUUACCCAAGCAGAAAUUACCGAGUUAAUCCCUGGGACGAUGUACAAUUUCACGGUAUUUGCAGUAGCGGCUGAUGGUUGGACGGAAGGAGAAGGAGUAUCCGUAAGCCUGUAUACAAAGCCCAGCCCAGUUCUUGAUCUCAAGGCGGAAUAUGUUGGUGUGACUUCUGUCAACUUAACAUGGGUGGUGAAUGAUGCUGCUUCCAACUCCUACACGUACAGGAUAGAGGUUGUAAAUGGUACCAGUGUUAGGAACCUGAUGUCCAGUGUUACCCAAGCAGAAAUUACCGAGUUAAUCCCUGGGACGAUGUACAAUUUCACGGUAUUUGCAGUAGCGGCUGAUGGUCAGACAGAAGGAGAAGGAGUGUCCAUAAGCCUGUAUACAAAGCCCAGCCCAGUCCAUGAUCUCAAGGCGGAAUAUGUUGGUGUGACUUCUGUCAACUUAACAUGGGCGGUGAAUGACGCUGCUUCCAACUCCUACACGUACAGGAUAGAGGUUGUAAAUGGUACCAGUGUUAGGAACCUGACAUCCAGUGUCACCAAAGUUGAAAUUACCGAGUUAAUCCCUGGGACUUUGUACAAUUUCACGGUAUUUGCGGUAGCGAAUGAUGGUCAGAAGGAAGGAGGAGGACUGUCCGUAAAGCUGUAUACAAAGCCCAGCCCAGUUCUUGAUCUCAAGGCGGAAUAUGUUGGUGUGACUUCUGUCAACUUAACAUGGGUGGUGAAUGAUGCUGCUUCCAACUCCUACACGUACAGGAUAGAGGUUGUAAAUGGUACCAGUGUUAGGAACCUGAUGUCCAGUUUUACCCAAGCAGAAAUUACCGAGUUAAUCCCUGGGACGAUGUACAAUUUCACGGUAUUUGCAGUAGCGGCUGAUGGUUGGACGGAAGGAGAAGGAGUAUCCGUAAGCCUGUAUACAAUUCCUGCGUUAGUGAAUUCAUUUCAGUGUGAAUCAGUGGCCAAGCAGUCUUCCCUAAUGCUGAAGUGGGAAUGUCCUUCUGGUAACAAUUCUGGCUUCAAAAUUAAAAUAUUUAACAAUACAUGGGAAAAAGAAGAACGAACUCCAUCCUGCAUGAGAGAAGGCUCAGAGGAAACCUUCAGAACAGCGUCUUUAGAUUAUUUCAGCACCUAUACUGUUACUAUUGCAACUCUUUCAAAUAGUUCUGAAAGCCCUCCAGUGCAGAAAAUGUGUAAUACGAGCAUUACUGACCCACCUGCUCCAAGCAAAGCUCCUUUAGUCAAGGCAGUCAGUCACAGCUCAUUGUCUGUUGAAUUCUCUGAUUUUGACUCAGUGAAUGGACCAUUAAAAGCCUAUGCAGUAAUGAUCACAACAGAAGAACAAGGUUGUGGGUCUUUGAAGUCUAAAUUGAACAACACAUACAAAGAUUUCAAGAAGACGACAACAGUCACCUAUGUAACGUAUGUCAUAGAUACAGAGCAGGCAAAAUCACCUUCUUUCCGUUCUCAGAAUGGUACCAACAUCAUUAAUGUAGGCAAGGGAAACACAAUGUAUGGCUACGAAAACGGACCAUUGAUUCCACUUCGUUCAUACAGGGCAAGUGUUGCAGGUUUCACUAACAUAACCUUUACUAUGGCCAACAUCAUUGUGGGGGAAGAGAGUUAUGUAUCGUUUUCACCCUGUUCUGAGGCGGUUUUGCUACCCCAGGAUCCAGGUGUUAUUGCUGGAGCCAUUAUUGGAUGCCUUUUAGCUGUAUUGGCUGUAGCUGCUGUAGGGGGGUUCAUAUUCUGGAGAAGGAGAAGGAAAGAUAAAAGAAAUACUGAAGUGUCCUUUUCUCCAAUUAAAGUCAAGAAAUCAAAAAUGAUUAAAGUGGAGAACUUUGAGUCCUACUUCAAGAAGCAGCAAGCUGACUCCAACUGUGGUUUUGCUGAAGAGUAUGAGGAACUCAAGUCUGCUGGUGUUCAUCAGCCCAAAUUUGCUGCUGAACUUGCUGAGAACAGGGGAAAAAAUAGAUACAACAACGUCUUACCAUAUGAUAUUUCUCGUGUUAAACUUUCAGAUCAAAGCUCUGCAGCUGAUGAUUAUAUUAAUGCAAACUACAUGCCUGGCUAUAACUCAAAGAAGGCAUUUAUUGCUGCACAGGGUCCUUUACCCAAUACUAUAGAAGACUUCUGGCGCAUGAUCUGGGAAAAGAAUAUCUACUCUAUUGUUAUGUUGACAAAAUGUGUUGAACAAGCCCGGACAAAAUGUGAGCAAUACUGGCCAGACAAACAAUCCAAGAGCUAUGGUGACAUUAUUGUGACAAUGGUCUCAGAGAUUGUCCUUCCAGAGUGGACAAUAAGGGACUUCACUGUGGAAAAGUCCAACACACCGGAGAGCCACACAGUGCGCCAGUUCCACUUCACCUCCUGGCCAGAUCAUGGAGUGCCGGAGACAACAGACCUUCUCAUCAACUUUAGACACCUUGUUCAUGAGUACAGCAGUCAAAAUCCAAUCGACUCUCCCACUCUGGUGCACUGCAGUGCUGGUGUCGGGAGGACAGGGACGUUCAUUGCUAUUGACCGCCUGAUUCAGCAGAUUGAAAUGGAGAAUACUGUGGAUGUGUAUGGAGUGGUAUAUGAUCUUCGCAUGCACCGACCUUUAAUGGUGCAAACUGAGGACCAGUACGUCUUCCUAAACCAGUGUGUUAUGGAUAUUAUUAGAUCCCAGAAAGACAAGAAAACUGAUCUUAUUUACCAAAACAUGACAGCAAUGGCAAUCUAUGAAAAUUUCACGCCUGGGCCAGGCUUCGGGAAGGCCAAUGGCUACCACGCGUAGCCUGGAAGGAAUGCAGUGCCUCCUGGAGGUGUUACCUGCGCAUAGGAAAGGGAGGUGUUCUACUCAUGGUUUCCGGGCUUGUGUGCAGUGUCUCAUGUCUGCCUUCUCCAGUUCUGGCCGCAUUCGAAGAUGUGAUCUACAGGAGGAAAAACACAAUGCUGGCAGGAGCCGCAGAUUGAUAUUAAAAAAAAAAUGAACAAAACCAAGCAAAACUUUAACAGAGGAAUCUUGCUUUUUCUUGGGAAUUUAACAGUACUGAUAGGUGAAAUAGCAUUUGCAGUAUGAACGGUGAACUAGAAUUUAAAUAUUAAAAUAAUAACACAAGCUUUUUAUUACAAUUUUAUAUGAUUUCAUUUACAGACACCAGGCUUGUGGGCUGUUUUAAUAUAUUUAAUUAUAAGUUUCAGGAACAUAUUUUAUCUACUGUAUCUGGUUACUUAGCUAAUAGAUAUGUGCCUCUGUGAUUUUUUUUCUGUGUUCCUUUUUAUUUAAAAAAGGAGUACAAACAGCUCCUUCAAAUGGACAUUUAUACUUGGAAAUUGUGCCUUUUCUAGUUGCUACGCUAGAAAAAAACCAGCAGAGAUUCUAUUUUUGUACUGAAACUCUUAAUGAGAACACAGAUUUUUAAAUAAGGCUUAUGUCAGACUUAACUGUAGUUGCACUGUUGGCAGGACUCUCCAGAAGUUUGGAGGUGAGCUUUGUUUUUGCAUUUCACCACAAAUAUCCCCUGCCUUAAUGUUUCGGUGCCUCUGCUAGAGGAAAAGGAGUGUGGUCUGUCACUCCGAGCUUUAACUAUAGUAAAAAAACUGAGCAAGUGAAUAUGUGAAUGUGUGUGCGGGGGGGCGUGUGGGUGUGUAUGAAGGACAGAAUAGCUCCUCCCUGUUCCUGGCUGGUAUUCCUGUUUUUAUACAAUUUAUAAUGAUUUAUUUAAAGGUGCAAUAUAUGAUUUACUGAAUAAUGAUCACUCUAUUCUAAUAGAGUUUUACUCAGGUUGGUGUCUUUUUAUCAUUGUUGUUGUUUUUCCUCAAAUAUAUAAAUCUGUGAAAAUGUCAAAACUAAGGUUCCUAGUGUCCAAGCACUCCCAAACAGAUUGACUGGCUUUACUGUUUUUACCAAAAAAAUUGCACAAAAUUCUGCUGUAAAGACCAAUUUCUCGGUUGUUUUAGCCAUUCAAAACUGAGACACAUCUUACCUGCCUGCAUCUCAUUGAUCUAAUGUAAUUGUUUUAUAAUUAUUUGCAAUAUACUGCUGCUGCUGUUUUAACUGGUCCUUUUAAAAACAGAACAAACAAGCAGAAAAACCCUAGUUGCUGAUUUUACAAGUCAAGGAUUAGAUUGGAUUUAUUUUGCUGGUACAUAACUGUUAGGCAUUACCA